AUGGCGCCGCCUCCAGGACCUCUCGCCAUCUCGGCCAGCCCCCGGGUGCAUGCGCUCCUGGCACGCCUCCACGCCGCCUCGGCAGCCCAAGAGAAGUCACUCUCCCAGGUCUGGUUCUACCUGAAGCGUUUCAUCACCUUUUACAUUUCAUCCAGCGCUUGGGGUCCUGCCGCCGAUGACCACAUGCGUGACAAGUUCGUCGCGCUCGAGGAGGACAAGUGCCACUUCGUGUACCUGCUCGCCCGCAGCUCGGGUGCCCUGAACAUUGUCGAAGCCGGCACUAGCUUUGGCGUCUCUACCAUCUACCUUGCGUUGGCCGUCGGCCAGAACGUCGCCGACCAGAAGGCGCUGGGGAGGACCGUGAACGGCAAGGUCAUCGCAACGGAGAAGGAACCGACCAAGGCGGCCCGGGCGAGGGAGCACUGGGCCGAGGCCGGCGAUGAGGUGGCAGGUGUGAUUGAGCUGCGCGAGGGCGAUCUGCUCGAGACGCUCAAGAGGGAUGACAUGCCGGAGCAGGUCGACUUCCUUCUCCUGGACAUCUGGACACCCAUGGCGCUUCCAACUCUCCAGAUUAUCAAGCCUCGCCUCAAGAAGGGUGCAAUUGUCCUCGCGGACAAUACCAAAAUGGCUCGCCCUUUGUACGCAGAAUACCUCGAUUACAUCCAAAACCCUGCCAACGGGUUCAAGACGACCGAGAUACCAUACUCUGGAGGCCUGCAGAUGUCCGUCUACCUCCCAGAGUAG